AUGUUUAUCGUCGACGUUUUUUUUUGCUUCAACAACGUGCCGCGUAUCCGCGUGAACGUCGGGAACGGGUACAGUGGUCGGUUCAAUUUAUCAAACCGCAGCCGUUCUCGUGGCCACGAGACGCCGAGCGAUCGGUCCCCGGGCCCCUCGCAGAUUCCCAUCAGCGACGAGAGACGCGCCAAAUUGCCUCCGUCCAGACCGUUUUCGGCGGGCGGCGGGGCAGGGGUGAGAGUAAAGGCGACGUCGCCGGAGCCGCGUCGCGCCCGCUACGUGAGCGGCAUCAGAGGAGCGCCCCUCUACGGACGAGAA